UUUGAAUCCUCCAAAGCAUGUGUGAGUGUGUGUAAGUUUCGAUCAUGUGAUGUACAUGUUGAAACACGAAGGUCGGUUUUACUUAGUCAGGAGAUGUGAAAAGCGUGUGUGAUGUGAAGAACCUGUUGGAUUACUGCACUGGCUCGAAAGGAAACCAAUCGCUUCGAGACGUUGAGAAAGCAGGUGUCGAUUUCUCUCCGCCCAGGAACGAGCGAGUGAAGCAAAGGCGGUAAAUGGGUUAACCUAGAUUCAGCCUUGAACGCAUCCUGCUCAUCCUUCCUUUCACCUGAGACUUUGCCAGGCAUCAAACUUUGAACUGUAAAGAUGGCUGAGGAGCGUCGAGAUAGCACGAGCAGCUUACAGAAGAAAAAACCACCUUGGCUCACGUUGCAAAUCCCCGUCAACCAGCCAGGAGAUGAGGCACAACCUUUAAGACGCCAGGGGUACUUGCGCAGUGUCAGCAUGCCGCCCGAAAACGUCCGAAUAUAUUCUACACCGAACGAGCACAGACGACCCACGUUUCAGAGGCAGCCCUCCAUAACCCAGACCAUCAAAAGCAAAAAGGUACACUUUGAACGAAUUAACACAAUGCCCAUAAAAGGUCACAGAGCCGGUAGAAGGCCACCGAAAAGACACCCGUCUUUCUCUCCCAGAUCUUUGCUGAGAGGCACAGCAGACUGGUUCGGCGUUAGCAAAGACAGUGACACCACCCAGAAAUGGCAGAGGAAGAGCCUUCGUCACUGCAGCCAGAGGUACGGCAAGCUUAAGUCACAUGUCAUCCGGGAGAUGGAACUGCCCAGCCAGGACAAUAUCUCCCUGACCAGCACUGAAACCCCUCCUCCGCUGUACGUGGGACCCCAGUUUGGCAUGCAGAAGAUCAUCGAUCCUUUGGCCAGAGGGAGAGCGUUCCGAAUGCCGGAUGAAGGGGAUGGGUUCAGCGUUCCACACACUCCGAUCACUCCCGGUGCUACAUCCCUCUGCUCCUUCACCAGCUCCCGUUCCGGCUUCAACCGUGUCCCUAAGAGGAGGAAGAGAGAGUCCGUGGCUAAGAUGAGUUUCCGAGCAGCAGCAGCCCUGGUCAAGGGCCGUUCUCUCAGAGAAAGCACCAUUCGACGGACUCAGAGACGCAGCUUCACACCUGCCAGUUUUAUCGAGGAGGACACUGUGGAUUUCCAGGAUGAACUGGACACCUCUUUCUUUGCAAGGGAAGGAGCCGCCCUAAACGAAGAGCUGUCCACCUACCACGACGAGGUGUUCGAGCCGCCGGAGGCCGAUCCCACCAAGGAGACGGACGACGCGGAUCAAGCUGACCUGACGGGCAGUGCCCUGGACAAGAGCGAGCUGGAGAGAAGCCAUUUGAUGCUCCCAUUGGGUCGGGGCUGGCGAAAACAGAAGGAAGGGAGCCCCCCUCAGCCCAAGGUGCGCUUACGGCAAGAGGUGGUGAGCGUGAGCGGCCAGCGGAGAGGACAGCGGAUAGCAAUACCUGUAAAGAAACUGCUCGCUAAGGAAAAGAGACCCUACGGACUGGGGAUGGUGGGGAAGCUAACAAACCGGACCUAUCGUAAGAGGAUAGAUAGUUACGUCAAGAGGCAAAUAGAUAAUAUGGACGAUCACCGGCCAUUUUUCACAUACUGGAUUACAUUUGUGCAUAUGUUGAUCACUAUACUAGCUGUGUGUAUCUAUGGGAUUGCUCCAAUAGGAUUUUCUCAACAUGAAACUGUUGAUUCGGUUUUAAGAAAUAAAGGUGUCUAUGAAAAUGUUAAAUUUGUACAACAGGAAAACUUCUGGAUUGGACCAAGUUCUGAGGCCUUAAUCCAUCUUGGGGCAAAGUUCUCUCCUUGUAUGAGGCAGGACGAGCAAGUGCACGAAUUAAUUGUGCAGAAGAGGCAACGAGAGAAGGAGUCCGCCUGCUGCGUACGGAAUGACAAGUCAGGGUGCGUUCAAACCUCAGAGAAAGAGUGCUCGUCAACUCUUGCGGUGUGGGUAAAGUGGCCAAAUCACGAUCAAACUCCGCUAAUGGCAGACAAAAGCAAACGGCAGUUCGGCUCAGUGUGUCAUCAGGAUCCCAGCUUCUGUGACGAACCUGCCUCUAUUUCCCCUCACGAAUGGCCCGAUGACAUCACCAAGUGGCCGAUUUGCACUAAAAGUAACGCGGGAAACCACACAAACCUUCCACACGUGGAUUGCGUCAUCACCGGCCGUCCCUGCUGCAUUGGUACCAAGGGCAGGUGUGAGAUAACGUCCAGAGAAUACUGUGAGUUCAUGAGAGGGUAUUUCCACGAAGAAGCAACCCUCUGUUCACAGGUGCACUGUAUGGAUGACGUGUGUGGACUCUUGCCAUUCCUCAACCCCGAAGUGCCUGAUCAGUUUUACCGACUCUGGCUGUCUCUGUUUCUGCAUGCAGGGAUUCUCCAUUGUGCUGUGUCCAUCUGCUUCCAAAUGACAAUCUUGAGGGACCUGGAAAAACUGGCUGGCUGGCUUCGCAUUUCCAUCAUUUACAUCCUUAGCGGCAUCACAGGCAACCUGGCUAGUGCAAUAUUUCUGCCUUAUCGAGCCGAGGUGGGGCCGGCUGGAUCUCAGUUCGGCAUCCUGGCCUGCCUAUUUGUGGAACUCUUCCAGAGCUGGCAGAUCCUGGCUCGGCCUUGGAAAGCCUUCGUCAAACUGGUGGGGCUCGUCCUCUUCCUCUUCGCCUUCGGCCUGCUGCCGUGGAUUGACAAUUUCGCCCACAUCUCCGGCUUCAUCAGCGGCUUCUUCCUGUCAUUCGCCUUCCUCCCGUACAUCAGCUUCGGGAGGUUUGACUUGUACCGCAAGCGGUGUCAGAUCAUGAUCUUCCUCGUCACGUUCGUGGGACUUUUUGCGGGCCUGGUCGUGUUGUUCUACGUCUACCCCAUCACGUGCGAAUGGUGCGAAUACCUGACUUGCAUUCCCUUCACGGAUAAAUUCUGCGAAAAAUAUGACCUCAACGCGCAUCUACAUUGAACAGACUGGACCGGGGGAAGGACGCGCCUCGCCAUUGCGGCGACUGUGAGAACUUCUGUCACCGAGACAUUGAAGGCGAUUAUUCGAGCCCAAUCGGUCAAAGCCGUCGCUGGUCUGAAGUUCCCGUUCCUUUAUUUUUUAUCGGAAAAAAAAUCGUAAAGUUGUUUUAUUUAGCACUCGAUGCUGAAACAUCUCCAAAAAAAACAAGCAAUGUGCCUUUACCCCCUCGUCUCCCCACGCCCA